UCCGCGGGGGCGGACGGCGGCGGCGGGCGGGGGGCCAGCCCCGAUGUGCGGGCGGCGGCGGCGGGCCGCGGCCCCGCUCCGCCCCGGCUCUGCCCCACGCUUGGGCGCUGCGCCCCGGCUCUGAGGAGGAGGAGGAGGAGGAGGAGGAGGAGGAAGAAGAGGAGGAGGAGGAAGGUGGUCGCUGCCGCCGCCGCUCCGGCAUGAGCGCGGCUUUCCAGCCCUCGCUGAUGAUGAUGCAGCGCCCGCUGGGAAGCAGCACGGCCUUCAGCAUCGACUCGCUCAUCGGCAGCCCCCCGCCGCCCGCCCCCGGCCACUUCGUCUACACCGGCUACCCCAUGUUCAUGCCCUACCGACCCGUGGUGCUGCCGCCGCCCCCCCCGCCGCCCCCGGCGCUACCGCAGGGCGCCCUGCAACCGGCGCUGCCCCCCGCGCAUCCCCACCACCACCAGCUCCCCAGCCUGCCCACGGGUUUCUGCUCCAGCCUGGCUCAGGGCAUGGCCCUCACCUCCACCCUCAUGGCCACGCUGCCCGGCACCUUCCCCGCCUCCCCCCAGCACCAGGAGGCCGCCAGGAAGUUCGCAGCCCCGGGGAACUUCGAUAAAGCCGAGGGGAUACCCCCGGACGGCGGCGGCGACGAUGGCAAAGCCUUCCUGGGGAAGGACGGAGCCCUCCUGCCCUUCCCCGCCGCCGACGCCGUCCAGGCCUCCCUCGCCGGGGCUCUCCGGGGCCAGGGGAAGGAGGACCCCAAAGCAGAAGAGGACGCGAAAGGCAAGGAGGAAAGUUUCUCCAUGGACAGCGAUCUAGACUAUAGCUCGGACGACAACAUCCCCGGCCAGGCGGCUCACAAGGAAGAGGACUCUGGCAACGCGCUGGAGGAGAACCCCCAAAACCCCCCCAAUUCCACCAACACCACGUCCACGGGCAAAAACCGGCGGAGGCGAACAGCCUUCACCAGCGAGCAGCUGCUGGAGCUGGAAAAGGAGUUUCACUGCAAAAAGUACCUGUCCCUGACGGAGAGGUCCCAGAUCGCUCACGCCCUCAAACUCAGCGAGGUGCAGGUGAAAAUCUGGUUCCAGAACAGACGGGCUAAAUGGAAACGGGUCAAGGCGGGCAAUGCCAACUCCAAGACAGGGGAGCCCUCCCGAAACCCUAAGAUCGUGGUACCCAUCCCGGUGCACGUCAGCAGGUUUGCGAUCAGGAGUCAGCAUCAGCAGCUGGAGCAAGCCCGGCCCUGAUCUCUCUCCCCUACAGCUCAGAACCACAAGUUUUUGAGGGAAAAGUUUCCAAAUCGGGGUUUAAAAGCAACCCACCCGAAAAAAAAAAAAAGAAAAAAGAAAAGAAAAA